AGCGCCCAUUCUUCAGGAUAAUAAUGUUCCGUGCUCCCAUUGUGCCGCGCGCCAGGAAGAGACGGGUCGAUGACGGAGCGCCUGGACGUGAGGAGGUGAAGUUCAAAGAUGUGAGGCUGUACCUGGUGGAGAGGAAGAUGGGACACAGCAGGAGGCGCUUUCUGACACAGCUGGCCCGGUCCAAGGGCUUCAUUGUGGACGACCAUCUCAGCGAUGAUGUCACUCACGUGGUGUCGGAGGAGAGCCACGCGUCGUCUCUCUGGUCCUGGCUGAAGGGUUGUAACCUGAAAAGUCCCUCCGUGGCUCAAGUGCUGCACAUCAGCUGGUUCACUGACAGCAUGAGGGCCGGGAAUCCGGUUGCCGUGGAGACCAGACACCUCAUUCAGGAGCCUCCCGGGGCCACCAGAGAAGCCACCCAGCUCAGCCCAGGGGUCAGCGUUUCUGAAUAUGCCUGUCAGAGACAGACAAGCCUGGAAAAUAAAAAUGAUAUCUUCACGGACGCUUUUGAAGUACUGGCCGAGAGCUACGAAUUCAAUGAGAUGGAAGGACCAUGUUUGGCCUUCAGGAGAGCCGCGUCCGUCUUGAAGAGUCUGCCCCGGGCGGUGAGGAGUAUGGGGGCCACAGAGGGCCUGCCCUGCCUGGGGGAGCACACCAAGACAGUCAUGCAGGAGAUCCUUCAGUACGGUCGCUCCUUGAAAGUGGAAAGCGUUCUCACCAAUGAGAGGUAUCAAACAUUGAAGCUGUUCACAAGCGUGUUCGGAGUCGGACCGAAGACGGCGGACAAGUGGUACCGCAGAGGGCUUCGCUCCUUCGCUGACGUUCACUCUGAGCCCACCAUUCAACUGAACAAGAUGCAACAAAGCGGUUUCCUGUAUUAUGGAGACAUCUCCAGGGCUGUCAGCAAAGCGGAGGCCCGGGCCCUGGGGGGAGUUAUUGACAAAGCUGUCCGCAUGAUCACGUCCAGUGGCGUAGUCUCGCUGACAGGUGGCUUUCGCAGGGGGAAGGAGUUUGGUCAUGACGUGGACUUUCUAGUGACCACCACCGAGGAGGGGAAGGAGCGGAGUCUGAUACCCGAGAUCAUCCGCAGACUGGACAAGCAAGGGAUUCUGCUUUUCUGUGACUACCAGGAGUCCACCUUUGACCUUUCAAAGCUGCCGUGUCGCAGGUUUGAGGCCAUGGACUUUUUUGCCAAGUGUUUCCUGAUUCUUCGAUUGGAUGGGAGCCUGGUGGACGGUGGUCUCCACAGGGCUGAGGGGGACGACCGCGGGUGGAGGGCAGUGCGCGUGGACUUGGUGUCUCCACCGAUCGACCGGUAUGCCUUCGCCCUCCUGGGCUGGACCGGCUCAAAGCAGUUUUUAAGGGACCUGAGGAGGUUCGCAAGGAAGGAGCGGCGGAUGCUUCUGGACAAUCAUGGGCUCUUUGACAAAACAAAGAUCCGGUUCCUGGCAGCCACCACCGAAACCGACAUAUUCGCCCAUCUGGGUCUGGAGUACAUUGAGCCUUGGCACAGAAACGCGUAGACAUCAACUCCUCCUCAACUUGAUGACGCCUCGCAAGUGCAACUUGGUUGACCUGUGAUUCACUUGUUUGUUAUUCUGCUGUAAAACAACAACUUGUGUUCUUGUUGCUUUGAGUGUCACGUUUCUGAUGCGGCUGAUUCGCGCUUGUUCUCAGGCAGUAAACACAUUUCACUUCCAUUCAAGGUUGCUUGUCUCCGAGUCUCAUAAUCACAUCCAACAGUGGAAGAUGAACCAAGCGAGCUGCUGAAGAGGAGAGAGGAAAAAGGUUGCGAUGA